GACUGACGUCCGUGCUAGGAGCCCGCGGGCGCUGCCUGGCCGUGAGGCGAGGGGGCGCGUGCUGGGGAGCAGCGCGGGAGGGCGGGAACCAGCCCGCAUGGGCGGCCGGCUCAGCGGCGGGGGGUGGGCUCGCCCCUCCCGCCGUCCCUUGAGGCGGUGUUUGUUCCCCCCCCCCCCCCCCCGCAGAAGCCGCGCGGGGCCCGACUCCUGAACCGACGGCAGAGGGUCUGACCGAGCCGAGGAGCCGGGCCGUGGCCGCCGAUGCCCCUGCGUCGUAGCGUUCUGCGGAUUCAGAGAUGGACGUGGGCAGACUCCGAGGCGGCGGCUCGGAACGCGGCGCGAGUUGGUCCCCGGCUGCCGCUGCUGGGGCUGCGGGCGAGCGAGAGGAGGCGCUGGGCCCCGCCGGCCCGGGGAGGCAGGCGGCAGAGCGGCGGGGGGACGCAGGCUUGCCUUGUGCCGUGUGUACGGGAACCGGCUCUAGCGGGAAGCGGUUGAACGGGCCGCACUCCGACAGAACGGACUUCUGCAGCCGCGAGCCGAACGGCCGUUCGGCGGGAAGUUGCGUGAGGCAGAGCAAAGUUAACAGUGAGCAGCUGAAUUGGAGCCAGUCGCAGAGAGAUAUGAUGAUGAUGAUCCAAGAAAUGAAAAGGUGUUUGCCUGAAGAGAAAAGGAGUUCCAGCAAGCCCAGUACCAUCAGUGCUCUCAACUAUGCCUUGCAGUGUGUCCAACAGGUCCAAGCAAACAAUGACUUUUUCCAGGCUCUGAAUGACCGAAGAGUGUUUCAGACAGAUGUGAUGACGUACAGCAUAGAAGAGUUGGUGGCAGUUGCAUCUGAACACACUCCAAAAAACACUGACACAUUUGUGGCUGUGUUUUCCUUGCUUUCUGGACGCAUACUGCAUAUUUCUGAGCAGGCAGCAUCCAUUCUACACUGUAAGAAGAAAGUGUUGGACUCCUGCCGGUUUGUAGAGCUGCUGGUCCCUCAGGAUGUGAGUGUGUUCUACACGCACACCGAUCAGUCCCACCUGCCGCUUUGGAACAUGGAAGGUCAAACAGCUUCUCUGUAUGAAUAUGCCCAGGUGAAAUCCUUUUUCUGCAGGAUCAGGGGUGGUAAAGAUCAAGAACAAGAAAUGCGUUGUUACCCCUUCCGAAUCACCCCAUACUUGGUCCAUGUGUGUACUUCUGUCCAUGUGGAUGCAGAAUCCUGCUGCUUGGCUUUGGCUGAGAAAAUUCACUCUGGAUAUGAAGCUCCUCGAAUUCCUAUGGAUAAAAGAAUCUUCACCACCACUCACACCCCUGGAUGCGUUUUUCUUGACAUAGAUGACAGAGCAGUGCCUUUGUUGGGUUACUUACCUCAAGAUUUAAUUGGAACAUCCAUACUGAUGUAUCUGCACCCAGAAGAUCGUCCUUUGAUGAUUGCUAUUCACCGGAAAAUCCUGAAAUUUGCUGGCCAACCCCCUUUUGAACAUUUACCUAUCAGAUUUUGUACUCAGAAUGGGGAUUAUGUCAUACUGGAUACCAGCUGGUCCAGUUUUGUGAAUCCUUGGAGCAGGAAAGUAGUGUUCAUCAUUGGCCGACACAAAGUCCGGACAAGCCCUCUGAAUGAAGAUGUCUUUGCUGCAAGAAGAAAAGAAACAAGCAGUGUUGAGAAAGAGAUAAGGGAAUUGCAAGGACAAAUUUACAAGCUGCUUCUGCAGCCAGUUCACAGCAAUGUUUCCAGUGGUUAUGGAAGCCUUGGAAGCAAUGGCUCUUACGAGCACUAUAUCAGCAUAGCAUCUUCAAGUGACUCCAAUGGGAAUUGUGCAGAGGAAAUACAGGAACCAAUGACAUUGCAACAAGUUUGUGCAGAUGUCAACCGAAUAAAGAAUCUGGGACAGCAGCUGUAUAUUGCAUCAAGGAGCAAGCCACAGAAUGGAAAUGAACAGGCUGUGAGCUCAGAAAUGCUAGGAGGGAAGGGGGACUCUGCUUCCUGUUUUCUUCAGACAUUGAGAAGUGAUAGCACAGAAGAACCAGGCAACGCAUUUUAUGAUGAUUCAAAGAAGGCUCCGCGUGUUCCUUCCUAUCAGCAGAUCAAUUGUGUUGAUAGUAUCAUCAGAUAUCUACAGAGCUGCAGUAUUCCAGCACUGAAAAGGAAAUGUAAAUCUUCUGCAAAUACAUCAUCGUCAUCUUCAGAAGAUGACAAGCAAGGCCAGCAAAGUCAGCAGGAAGUCGAGGCAUUGGAAGCAGUUAAUUCCAAAACUCCGAUAUCUGCUGCUCGGGAAGAGACGCUGAAAGAUCAGACAACUACAGGCAUGGUGGGAGCUCCUCUGGCAGACCUGACCUUGUCCAACAAGGCUCCAAGCGUGGUGUCUGUCACCAGCCAGUGCAGUUACAGCAGCACUAUAGUGCAUGUCCCACACCCUGAAUCAGAAGUGACUACAAUGGAGGAUACUACUGUUGGAAGUGAACAAAUUGAGCUGCCUCCUGUGAAUGCUCAGAGUCUCACUAUGGUGCCUGAGGACUUAAAGCCAGUUGGCCUAACAAAAGAGACAUUGUCAGCCCACACUCAAAAGGAGGAGCAGAACUACAUUGACAAGUUCCGCCAGAGGAUCUUGCUCUCUCCAUUUAGGACUUACCUUCAACAGGGGAGCAGAAGUAACAACAGACAUUCCUGUGGCCAAGGAGAUUCCCCUUCAAAGCAGAUGAGCCCAGCUAGCUGGAAAAAAGGCAAACAUGGAAAAUUCAAGCGCCAGAAACCUCAGACACAGUCCUCAGAUAGCCGCUUUUCUAGUAAAAAUAGAAGUAGUCUUCCAUGUGAGAAGAGAACAAUUCAGAAACAGUCAUUCUCUCCCUCAGAAGUGUCCCAUCUGAGCUCGUCCAGUAUGAAUGUCCUUCCUCCUGUGGGAUUUCCUGUCUAUUCGGAUCCACUAUCUAGUUUUCCAGCCUCUUCUGUAGGAGAGGAGCUUGCCCUUCACUCAUUAAAACCUGAGUCCAUGUCAUCGGCACAACUAUGCUACGAAGCACAGUCAUGCUCAGCACUUUAUCCCCCAAACGUAGGCACGUUUAUGGCUGUAUUUUUCCAGAAUUUCCCCACCUACGCUCAGAUGCCUCAAUAUGUCUUUCUUCCUAGCCCUCAGUAUGUUUAUUCCCCCUACUCAUAUCCAUGCACUACACUACCUCCAGCCCCCGUUCCUGUUCCAUCACAAAUAGCACUGCACUCUGUGGAUCAGCCCUUUCCAGCCUCUUCUGCCACAUCCAUGGAGGACCAGCAAGAGGGCCAGCAUGACCAGGCCCUACUGCUGAGUAGCUCACGGAGCAGCUCCCCACUUCAGCUGAACUUGCUUCAAGAAGAGCUGCCAAAACCUAUGGAGAUUUCCAUUAGUACUGAUGUUAAAGCACAUGCAGAAGCUAAAUGUGACAACAAUCCAGAAGACAGUGGUAACAGUGCUAGCCAUUGUGCUUCUAGUGAAUUUACUGACUGCUCACGGUACGAGGACUCCCAGUCGGGUACAGGUUCGGCAGCAUCAGGCAGUGGAUCAGCUUUAUCUCUUUCUUUAGGCUCUGGCUCCAAUGAGACUUCUGGUUGUGGCACAGCAGACAGUGGGAAAAGCAGCAAGUAUUUUGCCAGUAAUGAUUCUUCUGAAGCUUCCAAAGAAGAGAAGAAUCAGGAAGCAGAAGAAAAAGGGACAGCUCAUAAAUCCAAACAUGAGUCAGCCCGGGUGAUGAUGGAUCACACACCUGAGCAAGUUCUAAUGACUUACCAAAUGCCAAACAGAAUUAAAGAGGAAGUUUUAAAGGAGGAUCUGGAGAAGCUGACAGUCAUGCAAAAGCAGCAGCCUUGGUUUACAGAUGGGCAAAAGAAGGAGCUUGCAGAGGUGCAUACGUGGAUCCGGACCCAGACUGUCCCACUGCAAAUCAGCACCCAGGGCUGUGUUACAUGUGACAUCAGGGGAACAAGUUGUGAGGCUGUAAUGGCUGCUGACAAUAUGGAAAACAAGGGAAAAUCACCUCCGCUCCUGCAACGCUGAAGACAUCAGCACUUGCGUCAGUAAAACAGCUUAGUGUAAUUCCCAUUGCCUUUUCCUCUGGCUUUGCUACAUACUAGUGGUGAAUCUUUCUGGCUAUCUAUUCCCAACAUGAGCAGUUGCACAUGUGAAACUAAAUCUUCCUCCAUUACCCCUCCACUCCUGGCAUGACUUUGAAGACAAUCUUUUACUGGGAGGCCGUUUCCCUUCCUGACCUCGCAGGCUUGACGCAGAAUGGGUGAUGUUUCUAACUUUUGGUUGCUCAAUGAUGAGCAAAAUACAAAGGUGGUUUGGGUUUGGGUUUUGUUUGUUUGUUUGAACUUGGCAAGUAAAAGUCUGAAAAGAUGCAGUGGUUAAGAACCUACAGUGAUCAGCCUAAUGGAUCAGAACAUGUUUACUCUCCACGUAAGGUAGAUGUGUUGAAAACAGCAUUGCAACCAAACUACAAUGGAGUGCUCUUCAUUUUUGUUUGUUCAAUAUUUAAAGGUCUAAACUGAAGAUCCUAAUACUCUGAGGCUCUAAAAUCACAGUAGCUGGUUCGAGGGUCCAACAGGCUUUUUAAUGAGCAGCUGAAAACUAGCCAAGUUAUUUUGCAUCGAAAUGCCUUUCGCCAGCUUGUGCCCAUCAAAAAAACAAACUGAAGUGAAAAGAAGCAAAGCUAUUCCCUAUGUUUUUCAUGAUGUUUUAGAACCAAGUUGUUUUAUAGCUUUUGCUUUUAAAGCUGUGUUUCUCAGGAUAGGUGUUUAAAAUUGAUUGAGGGUAACUGGUUUGCAAAUCCGCUAGAGAUUAAAUUAUAAAUAGCAAUCAAAAAAAAAAAAAGUAACAAUUCAGAAGUUAUUUCCUUAUGCAGGAUCUGCUUUCUAAUAAAAGACACAUGGAAAACCUUCUCUAUCAUGGCACUAGAGCCUAGUUAUCAAGUAGCUAUAUGCAAUCUUUUAUCUUACAUUGCUAGCACUCUGGAAGGAGGAUUUGUAUCUUAAUUUUGUUGUUGUUGUAUUAGAGUAGUUAGAUGAGUUGAAUCCAGGCAUAGUUAAUAGGAAAUUUUAAGUUGUUUCCCUGUUUUGUUUUUGUUGUGGUGAUGCCAAAAAGAAAAAGAGUCUGAGCUUCAUUUCUUCUGCUUUCUUGAAAAGUCACAUGUUGUGGAGCCAAACUUGAACAUCAAACCACAUAUUCAUCAUUUCUUAUCACUGUUGACUUGCUGUACAAGUUUUAACCUCUUUCUUUGUAAUGGAGUCUCUGGCUGUUGAAAUCCAUGGACAAAAAAUGAGUUUGUGCAUAGUGUGAGUUUGUUGUUCAGAAAGUGGUAACCGCUUUCUCUUUCAGCAUGUAAAAGGACUUGUUCUCAUGUUAAUACUUCUAGCUUAAAGCUGAAUGUCUCAAAGUGCUCUUCAAACAGGACACGCUUCACUAAAACCUGGCAGAUUUUGUCUGAUUUCCCCUUUGUUUAUCGAAAGCUGAAUGUAAUCAGAUUUUCCUUGUGGUGUCAUUAAUCACCUUAGCCUUCUCAACAAAGAGUUUUAGAAUGUAACACAUUGUUCACCCUUUUCUUCUGUGUAACUCUUCCUUUUCUGCUAUGUGAAAGAUUUUCACUUUUUCAGUUUCAUUUACUAGUAAGCUUCAAGUUUUUGAGUAAGUUAAAAAUACUGUGAUCUGCAGAUCAUUGAAGGAAAACUAUUAUUUAUCUAAAGGUUUUUGUUACUUUUUAAAAUCAAUUCAGUGGCAAUCUUUGUCAUUAAAGCUUAUUUCAAGGAAAGUUCUUGUUACAGAAUUUUGAAGUUUUCAAGGCGAAUUUGACUCAGGCAUUAUUCUUGUGAUUUUUUUCUUCGUCUUUUUUUUUUUUUUUUUUUUACAGUAUGCUUGCCUGCUCUGUUUAUACCUAUUGCUUUCUAUUUAUUCUCAAGCUGCAUUUCAUUAUUAGUCUUUCAUUUUUUUUCAGCUUGAACUUGUUUUUUCUUGUGUUGUAAAUCAGCAGAGGUCCACACAUCCUCAGUACUUUUUGUGUUUGAACUUUAAACACUUCUAAAAAUGAGAGACUUUGAUAGGUGUUUACAUAUAGCAAGUUAUGUACUCAAGUAGGAAAAUGUGGGCAAUACCUUAUACCUUUCCUAGUCUUUUUCCAGCACUUUCCAAAUACGGUAUUCUGCUUUAUAGCCACACCGCCCAAAAUGUUUGCUCUAAAACUUGUAACAAGAUGCUAUGCGUAUAGGUUCUUCUCUUAAUUGGGAAGCUUCUUAACUAACUUAACUGUCAAAUUAGACUGAUGCACUAGAAUCCAUUCUAAUUGGCUGUGCUUAAAUUAAAAUGAGUGCUUUAAUAUAUUUUGAGACUUAGCAAAAUAGAUUAAUUUGAAUAUUCCAGGUAAGGAUCGCUGUCUCUUUCAAAAGAGUUUAAAAGUGUAAGCCAGAAGGAAAGUUUAGAUAAUCAACUCUUUUGCUGUAUUUUA